GUAAAUGCAGCUUUUUAAGGUAUUUUUCAAUAAGAGAGCAUAGCAGUCAGACGUUAGCUAGCAUUAGCGUUAGCUUGCAUUUCGGUUGUAGCUUUAUGUUGAUUUUAGAGAGGUCAUUGAAGCUUUUCCUAUUAUCAGAACUAAGCAGAAGUAUGUUCAUGCUUGUCGACAUUUUAUGUCGACUCAUACUGAAAGUGGAAGUAACUAGUCAUUAACUAUGCUGUAACUGACACUGUAUAGUCAUUUUGGGAUCAAGUAAACCAUAUGAUAAUGGCAGAAACAAUGGAUCAGAAGAUUCCUUAUGAUGACUACCAGCUCCCGGUGGUGUUCCUGCCCUCCUAUGAAAACCCUCCAGCAUGGAUACCCCCUCAGGAGCGUGUGCAUCAUCCUGACUACAACAAUGAGCUCGCUCAGUUUCUGCCUCGUACAAUCGUGUUGAAGAAACCUCCAGGAGCACAGCUGGGCUUCAACAUCCGUGGGGGAAAGGCGUCACAGCUGGGAAUCUUUAUAUCCAAAGUGGUUCCAGACUCAGAUGCCCACAGAGCAGGACUACAGGAGGGAGACCAGGUUCUUUCUGUGAAUGAUGUGGAUUUCCAAGACAUAGAGCACUCAAGGGCUGUAGAGAUUCUGAAAACUGCACGGGAAAUUCUGAUGAGGGUCCGCUUCUUUCCAUACAAUUAUCAGCGACAAAAGGAGAGGACCGUACACUAGGUGGCAGCAAAGCGAGCAGAGGAAGAGAGAUGUGGACAGAUUCGUCACUGCACGUCAGCACCCUCCUCCCACAGACUCUGGCCUCCAUUCUGCCUCAGCCUCAAGAUGACUGAUGCAUGACUAACAGAAUCAUUCAAACCCCUCCAUGUAAGGACAACAUCUACUCAGCUUUAUCCAUGUUUUUUCUCUCACUGAGGGAUCUGAUCAAUCUCUCAUCUAUUGUGACUCAAUGUGAUCAGGGUUUAUCGACAGAAGGCCCCUUUAUAGUUUCUUUGAAUGUAGAGAAUUAUGACCUGAGGCUUAGAGGACAUUUUACAUUAUAAAUUAUGUAACUGAUGCAUACUUUUCAGCCAAGCAUAACAUUUAAAUCUCCUGCAUAAUUUAAUUAAGCACUGCUUAAUUCAGUCCAACCACUAUUGAAUGUUUGUGCUGUGGUCAAAGAAUUAUAUCUUAAUCAAAUACCGAUUUUCAUUUGUUUAAUCAGUAAAAGUCUUUAUAAUACUAAUAUAGAGGCAUACUUUAGUUAUUAUCCGUUACUGCUUAACAAAGCUAAUUAAUGCUUAUUCUAACGUUAAGCAUAUUUUAAAUGACACUGCGUUACAUUGUUGACCACUAUAAACUACACACAGUUAUUAUCUUUGACUAUCUGAUAAAUUAAACCUUCACAAAAGGAGGAUUAGUUGCAGGGCUGUGGUGUGAGACUGCAGUGGUUUUAGCAGGGUUUACAACGUUGUCGUCCAAGUGAGUUUUUGUAAUUGUAAACUGUAAAGUCUGCCGUAAACUGUAAAUAUGACACACAGCCAGUAUGUGUACAUGCAGCCAGAAAAAGUUGAAUAACUUGUUUACUUCUUAAACCGUACUUUAAAGAUUCAUGCAAUAUGCUUGGAUCGUGUGGUUGGAGACUCUUCACUUUUGAAUCUGUACAUCUCAGUCAAACCAGACUGGCCCAGGCGUCGUGCGAAUGAUUCAAAGCCUCCACACUGGGAUUUGACCUGGUACUUUAACAGCAUAAAUGCUAAGCAUGGCAGGAGUUGCAUUGUCAUCUACCUUACAGUUAGGGUUGAAUGAUUUGGGAAGAAAAGCUAUUUGCAGUUUUUUUCAAUACUGCAUUUAAGAGUUAUCAUCCAAUUACGUUUUUAAGUUCCUCAUUUUAUUAAUUGUCAACAAACAAAAGUAAAAAAAUCCUUCUACAUUUUAACCAAUUCAAUAUUAGAUUUAACAUUAACUGUUCCUUCUUGUAGGCCAGGUCUGUAUGUUAGGGUGUCAUAACAUGAUGCAUGAAUCAGUAUGAAUGAUAUCACUUUAUUUAUCUUCUUCAAUUGCAGUAAUAAAUUUACUAAUUUGUUUUUUAUUUAUUUGAAGCCUUGUUGCAGUCAUCAUCAUCAUAUCAUCAUCAAACUAGAGCUGAACGAUUUUACAAAAAAAUAUCUGUAAAUUUUGACUCAUUUUGCAGAUGCAGUGUGAGUUGUUGCAUAGAAGGGAAUGUUCAGUUUUAAUUCAUUCUCAUUUGAAGUAAGAAAAAAAAAUCCAAAAAUAAGUAAAGUAUUUUUGGAAUUCUUGGAGAAAAUUUUAUGUUUUAAUGUUUGCAUGAUGUGUGGAGCGUAACAUCUCUGCUGCAUCAAGUUGCGUUGACUAUUUUUUUACACAUUUCAGGUCAAAGAAAUAUUGCUACUUCUGUGUUUUGUAAAUUGCAGAAGGAUCUAAUGCACUUUAAUCUAAAAUCCAAUGAACUGCCCAGCCUUACUUGCAAUACGAACAGAAGCUAGACCAGGGAUGGGCAACUAUGAUUACCAACAGGACAACAUAAAUUUUCCUCCCACGACAAAGGGCAACAUUUUUGUACAUUUUUGUAUAUUUUAAAUUUGACCCUGUGAUAAUGAAUAAUUUAGAGUAUAGAGCUUUUAUGAUAGUUAUUAUACCAACAUUUGUAACAUUAAAUUUAAGUGAAAAUUAAAAAUGGUUGAUUGAAUGUGUAAAACGUAAAAUUAGAUCAAUUUAAAGCUACAAUUUUAAUGCAGUGAACAUAAUGGACAUUUUGUUGUAUUUUACUUCUUAAAAUACAUUUAGUGAUGCAUUAAAAAGAAGUUUGACAGGGAUCAUUUAAGCCAUAUCUGCUAAGUUUCUGCAAAGAACUAAACAUAUACCAAUAAUCAAAUAUUGUAAGAGAAAUUUAAAUGUUUUCCUCAUGUUUAUAAGUGAUGGUUUUUUAAAUUAACUUGAAGGCUGCAUAUGGCACCCAGGUCAUCAUUUGCCCACACCCCAGUGAGUCAUAUGGCAUUCAUAUUAGGGAUGCACAAUAUUUUAAUAGAUUUUUGAGGAUAUCUGAUAUGCUGAAAUUUGGGGAACAAUUUUAGCCAAUAUCAGUAUUAAAACAGAUUUUUAAAUGUUGUUCAGACCUUAAAUUUA